AUGUUAUCCAAAAGAGGCUAUUUAAUUCAUUUUGCUCGUCUAUUCUUUGCCAGUCUCUUGUACGGUAUCAGUUCAUUGCUCUCUCGUCUUUGGAAUAAAUAUCAACUAUUCGAUAUUAGCUUUCAAUUACAACGAUGUCAAUCAAGUAUUACUACGAACAAAAUUUCUGAUAUUACAAUAUGGCAUUGGUUAAAUAAUUUUCAUUUUGCUAAUCUUUUCCCUUCAUUUUCAUUUUUAUCAACGUCAAAUACGCAAAAAUGUCAUUACUUUACUAAAGUUGAUUAUCCAAUCGAUAUAAAUAAAUUAAUUGAAUUGAUUCAUUCGAUUCUAUUUAUUUAUUUUGUUUAUCAUUCAAUUCAUCUUUCACUGUUUCAUUGUAAUCUUAAACGACUACAUGAAAAACAACAUUAUUAUGCACGUCUCUAUCGGCAAGAUCAAGGAAAAAGAAAAGAAAUAUAA